AUGGCAGAGGCAGAGCAGAUGAAGAAGUGGACGUUCUGCAAGUUUACCUACCAUGGCGUGGACCUGGACCAGCUGCUGGAGCAGCUAAUGAAGCUGUACCGUGAGCGCCAGUGGCAGCGGCUGAACCCCGGCCUGAGGCGGAAACAGCGUUCGCUGCUGAAGCGCCUGCGCAAGGCCAAGAAGGAGGCGCCACCAGUGGAGAAGCCAGAAGUGGUGAAGACACACCUGCAGGGCAUGAUCAUCCGGCCGGAGAUGGUGGGCGUCUACAACAGCAAGACAUUCAACCAGGUGGAGAUCAAGCCAGAGAUGAUCAACCACUACCUGGGCGAGUUCUUCAUUGCCUAUAAGCCCAUGAAGCAAGGCUGGCCAGGCAUCGGAGCCACCCACUUCUCCCGCUUCACCCCCCACAAGUAGUGCCUUAGCUAGUAAAGGCACAUAUAUCUAAAAAAAAAAUGGAUAA